ACAUACAGUGAGAUCAUUUUUCCUCUUAAGCGUGAUAUGUCCAGGUCACACAAGUAGAUCAGUUAAAAGGAUGUGGCCUUGCCUUGAUGCUUCAUUGUGAUCGUUUUGGGUGGACAGCAAGGUUUUCGGAUUUAUCUGUUACAUUUCGGUCCACAGAGGACGCAUUACCAUAGCGUGCAUGUCCUAAAACCGAGUGUUUUUAAACGAGGCAUUUUUUCUACGUGACAACUGAGACAAGGGAAAGGGGUACUCUUUAUCUGUGAUAUUCUCGAGAACUUUGUUUGUGGUUGAUCUAGAUACAAUGUUCAGAGUCUACAUCAGGGGAGGAGAGGAGACGUCCAAGAGAUGCCAUCUCAAAGGAGCAUAUAACCUCAUGGUGAAGGACUCGAGCUUGUGCCUGUGCGAUCUCACAUCUUCCCACGUCCUUUAUGAAUGGCCGUACAAUACUAUCCGAAGAUAUCGGACAACUAGCCAUUCAUUCGAAUUUGAAGCAGGGCGAAGGUCUUCAACUGGUAAAGGUGUUUUUGCUAUGGAUACAAACCAAAAUUUUGAAAUUUACAAAGCUGUUGAAGGAAUAUGCAAAACGCCAAAAGGAAGUUCGACACUCUCAGAAACAAUAUCGUGUUCGGCUGGAUGUAACAUUCGUCCAUCUGCUGGCAAGGCGGGCAUCAGAGAUGAGGAACAGAGAGUUGUUGGAGCUGCCAGAAGUCAUCACACGUACGUGAACACCAACAGUACAAGACAAGGAGGUCUCCACGAGAACAAGAUUGUCUGCCCUGGGGGUACUGUCGGUGUUUACAGCGAACCGUAUGAAUUUAGUACAGACACAGGGACAUACAUCACGGCAGUUCCAGAGAAACAGCAACACAGCAGAGCCAAGCCAGAUGACACUCGUGCUGGAAAACCUGCUUCCCAGUCACCGACCUGUUUAUAAUGCCCACCUGUUUAUAAUGCCCACCUGUUUAUAAUGCCAGCCUGUUAACAAUGCCCACCUGUUUAUAAUGCCCACCUGUUUAUAAUGCCCACCUGUUUAUAAUGCCCACCUGUUUAUAAUGCCAGCCUGUUUAUAAUGCCAACCUGUUAACAAUGCCCACCUGUUUAUAAUGCACACCUGUUUAUAAUGCCCACCUGUUUAUAAUGCCCACCUGUUUAUAAUGCCCACCUGUUUAUAAUGCCAGCCUGUUUAUAAUGCCAACCUGUUAACAAUGCCCACCUGUUUAUAAUGCACACCUGUUUAUAAUGCCCACCUGUUUAUAAUGCCAACCUGUUUAUAAUGCCAACCGGAUUAUAAUGCCAACCUGUUUAUAAUGCCAACCUGUUUAUAAUACCAACAUGUUUAUAAUACCAGCCUGUUUAUAAUGCCAACCUGUUUAUAAUGCCAACCUGUUUAUAAUGCCCACAUGUUUAUAACGCCAACCGGUUUAUAAUGCCAACCGGUUUAUAAUGCCAGCCUGUUUAUUAUGCCAACCGGUUUAUAAUACCGACCUUUUUAUAAUGCCAAUCUGUUUAUAAUGCAAAUUUUUCCAAUGUACAAAACUGGUAUUAUAACAGGCUGUGCUGUAUAUGUGCAAACAUAUUUAUACGUUAUCUAAGAGUAGAAAUCAGCGAGCAAGUAGAAGGGAAAUUGACUAAAAAUUGGUCUGGAGACUUACUGACUGUCGAAUUUACAAUUACGUUUUAGGGAAAUAGGUUACCGAAUAGCGAAAUGUCUGUGUUAGCCCUAUUUGUGUCAUACUUCCUGGUGUAACUAUCGCUGGCUUGCUAGCGUUGUAUGUACAUCACAAGCCGUGAUCGGUGGAGUGGGGAUAUUUUUACCCAUUCGUGACCAGCUCGUGUUAUUCCGGGACAAGCCGAAUAGCGACUCGUGCCCCUCUCGUGGCCAUUUUCGCAGGUUACAAACAGGGGCGAGUGGUGACGAAUGAUUGUUACCGCGCCUAUCAUUUACAGUGGAUUCGGGAUCUUGUUGCAUCGUCAAUCAUCCUACCAAUGCCGGGGGCAUUACGCUGAUACACCGUGAAAUAACUGGAUAUAUUCAAUGUGGCGUUAAACCCAACUCACUCACUCCUUCAACAUACAUGUACACUCAAAAGAAAUGUGUGAUCCAGUGGUGGACUACAUUUUUUACAUCGAUACUGUUGUUGACAGGUUCACAUGUAUUGUCCACAUGAGCGUUUGUAUAGCACACAC